AUGGUUAAAUAUAUUCCUACAAAGCGUCAAUCAAAAAAAGAAACACUAUAGGAACCAAAGUAAGCAGCUAGAGUUAUUCGUCACUAUCAUCUUGAAGAAAAAGUUGAUAAAAGACACAGAUUCAAAACCACAAAAUAAUAACGAGAAGAAAUUGAUAUUAAUCUUUAACAUAGAAUUGAAGAUAUUCAUAUUGAAACUAAAUCAGAUAUCUCUGGUUGUUAUUUUAGAGACAUAAUUGAGUUGAAACGAAGUGCUUUAUGUAUACAUAUCAUUUAUAUUUACAGCUACAUUAAUGGAAAAAAAGUAUAUGAAUGAAUCAUACAAUUAUGCAUAAUCUUUGCCUUAAAUUUUAGUUAAUUUAAAACAAUUACUAGAUAUUGCUUACACUUACUUAAAAGAAAAGGUAUUUAUUCUUAUUAUUCUAGAGUAGCAAAAAUUUAGUAUUAGAUACCUUACCCUACUUAAUAAAGGAUACUAGAGAAGAAUUCUAUCCAUAUUUAGAAAGAACAAUUAAAGAAAUUUUAUCUUAAAUUGAUAUUGAAUAAGUAGAACACUUAGAAAAGAGUUUCUUAUUCAUAGCUUAUGCAAUCAAAUAUUUAGAAAAAGUAUUAAUAGAUAAAUUUGAACCUUUUAUUUAACUUAUGUAAGAUGAAUGUUUCUCAUCAAAGUUCAAUAUAAUUAAAAAAUUAGCAUCUGAAGCAGUUGGAUAUUUAUUUAGAAAGAAUAGAACUUUAAUUCAUAGAGCUUUGAAUAUAGUAAAUCAUUAAUAACUUAGUUAUUCAAUUUAUAUUUCUAUUUAAUCGAUCAAAGGAUACUUAGCAUAAAAUACUUUUAAGGUUAUUGAUGAAAUUUGGAAAACUGAAAAUAAUGAACUUAUUACUGAAUUUUAUAUUGUCUUAAUUCAAAAUGUAGUUGAAAAACCUCAUUAAUCUCCAAAAAUUAUGAUUAGUUUAUUGGAAAUAUUUAAAGACUUAAAAUAAAGAACUCAAUAACUAGAUUAAACAAUUUUAAUUGAAUUAUUUAAAAAUAACAAAAAGAAGGUUACACCCUAAAUUGUUUUUGAAGUUAUAACAUUUGUAAAUAACUCUGAUUCUAUGGGUUACUUAUUAAGACUCCGUAAUAUAUAAGUUGAAGAGAUUAUUAUUUCAAACAAUUCAUUUGUAAAUAAAAUACUUAAUCAAAUUACAAUUGAGGAAUUUUCCAGCAUUGUUGAUAUAAUUUUAUAAUAACCAACUCAUUAAAGUUCUAAUAUUUAUAAACUCUUAAUUGCAGCAACUUUCUAAUAAUUAUUCAAAUAAAAAGAAGAAGCUUUAAUUUUAUUAUUGAAAUUAGAUGAAAUACAUUGCAUUGAUAAAUUAACACCUGAUUAAUUGGAUCAAUUAUAUAAUUCAGAAUUAUUUAAUAAGUUAUUGUAAACUGACAAUAAUCUUUACAUACUUUCUUUAUGUAAAUUAAUCCAAAUGGUAGAAUUUCCAUCUUAGAUUAAAUAAUAAAUAUUAAAUAAAUUGUAAGAAACUUUAAAUACUUUAAAUAAUAAAACAAUAUCUUAAGAUUAAAGUAUAGACUAUACUGAAACAAUUGAAAAAAUCGAAAAACUAAGUUAAUUAAAAUUAGAAAUAACAGAGGAAGUUGAAUUGCUAUAUGCAGAAUAACAUUAAGAUAAUAAAUCAUUUGAAGAUGGCAUAAUUAUCAAGAUAUUGUAGAAUCCAGAAAUAUAAUAAAUAGAAUUGAAUAGAACAAUUUUUAAUUUAUUCAGUAGAAUAAAUUUAUAAACAAAAGAAUUCUUUACUUUAAUAAAUAAUAUUCCAUAAAAUCUUUUAGAGAUUGGUUUAAUGAGUAGAAAAAGAUAAAUAAGAUUAAUUUGUGCAUAAAAAUUAUUUUAAUUAGAGAAUUCAGAAUAAUUAUAAUUAAUGAUUGAUAUUGAUAGUGAAAAAAUUAAUAUUGAUAAUGAAAGAAGAAUUAAAAAUUCAAUAAUAAAUUUAAAAAACUUAGUUAAUAAAAGUACAAAUUAAAAAUAAAUUGAAAGAUAUGCUUUUGGUCUUGCAUUUACAAAAUUUUUAUUAGUUAGAUCAACAAUUAGAGAAUUAUUAAGCACAGUUUUAUCUAAAUGCAAUAUUUAAAGUAUUUUGAGAAUAUUUUUGAUUACACAUUAAGAAUAUUAAAAAGUGGAUAUAUCUUAUUUAGAAAAACAUUGUUAUUUAGAAUAAGAUGAAGAAUAAUUAGAAUCUUAAGUUUGUUUUGAUGAGGUAUUUGCUUAUGCUAUUCAACAUUGUGAUUUAAAUUAAAAUAUUAAAUAAACUAUAUUUGAUAUUUCAACAAAAUAUUUGUAAUAAUAAUAUGAAGAAGAUAUUAAUUGUACUAAAGUAGAAUAAUAUUAUAAAAGAAGAUAUGGAGAUAAAACAUCUUAAUUUCAUUUGAGAAUGUUAUAUUAAUCAUCUUAGAUUGAACUGUUUAAACAUUGGUUACUAAAAGAUGAUGAAUAAACAUAAAUGAUAGCAUUAAAUAACAUUAAAUUUGUAGAGAUCCAAAAUAAUUUAUAAGAAUAUCAUGGGAUUAUCAAUGAAUUUUUUAGUAGUAUGGAAUAGAUGAUUAAUGGUAAUACAUUUAAAGGUGAAAUAAUAAGAUUUUAAUUGGAUUUACCUUAACAUUUAUAAGAAUAAUAUAAAUUAUAUAUACUUAAUGUUUUAUAUCCAAAAAUAUUUAGUAAAUAAAAAUUACACAAAAAAAAGCAUAAGAAUUCUGCUAUUUAAGUAAGAAGGAAUGCUGUAUUUGAAUAAUUAAGCAAUCUAAAUUUAUAAAAUGAAUUAAUUACUUUAAUAUAAGCUAAUCAUGGUUUUCAUAAUGAUUUAAAUAAUGUACCUAUUUAAAUAAAAAUAUAAUACUUGAAAAUUUUAAAGAAUUUGAUUGAAAAAUUUGGUUAUUAAAUUAAUGUUGAAUAAUUAGAGAAAUAAAUUACAAUAAUUAGAUAAUUAUUAAAUCAAGCAUAUGAAUUGAAAUAAAAUGAAAAUGUUACUUCAUUAUCAAAAGAAUUAUGGAAAGUAGGAAUUAAAAGGUUAUGUCAAAUAGUAAAUAAAUAUCAAUCUGAAUAAACUUAUACAUAAAUGAUCUAAGAUAAUCUAUAAUUUUGUUUAUAAGAUAAUGGAUUUAUUUAAGGAUUUGAAAAAAUAGUAAUAGAUUCUAAAUCAUAACCAUCUGGAGUAUUAAAAUUACUUUAAAGUAUUUGUUUAAUAAAAGAUUAUUAAUAAUUUAUAUGUUAAAAUCAUGAAUUAUUACUUAGUAGAUUUUUCUUAUUAUAUGAUUUUACAUAUAUUAAACAAAUAUAUUUGAAUUAGGAUGAAGAUGGUCGAUUGGCUCAUUAACUUAAAUAGUAAAUAUCUCAAAAGAUUUCAGCUUAAAGAAAUUGUAUCUAAAUUUUAAAUAGUAUUUUAUAUUCAAUUUAUUAAUUGAGUGAACCAUCAGCAACAAUUGAAAUUGAACCUAAUUAACUAAGCUCUUUAUUUUCUGAAUAAUAUGGAGAAUUAUUAUUAAGUUGUCUAAUAAAUAAUGUUCGUUCAAAUAUUGAAUCAGAUAGUGAAUAGAUUAAAGAUUUAAAUAUGAUUUAUCUUACUUAUACAAUAUUGAUGAAUAGAAAGGAAAUCAAUAAUUAAUUACUUAAUUAAUGUUUAUUUUUGUUUAGUAAAUAAAUAAAUAAUCCUAAGUUAUAUGAUAGUCAAAUAUAUAAUCACAAUUUAAUGGGUAAAUUAUUAAAUAAUUGUAUUAAAUGCAUAUUAGAUAAAUAAAUUGUAGUUGAAUAUGAAUUGGUGGUUGAUUUAUUUUAAUCAUAUUCAUAACUUUUAAUUCUAGUUAAGAAUUUGACAACAAGAAAUCUAUUAGUAGAUGUUAUAAUUUCAAUGGCAUAUAAAUUUAAGGAGUAAUAUCCUUUAAAUGAAAAUGAUGUUUAUUUAUUAAAGGCUAUGAAUUAAAGAAAUUAAGUUACUGAAGAAAUAGAAUUUGAAAAAUGUUUAGAAGCUUGCUUAUAAUUUUAAAAGAUAAUCCAUAAUCAUUAAUAGACAACUGAAUUGAUUUUAUAAAAUUGCUUUUAUUUAUUAACAAGUUCAGAAUUAUCUAUUAGAAUUUCAGUUUUAGAAAUAUUUAAGAGUUAUUUGAGUAAGAAUAUUCAAUCUGUUUAUAUAAAAUAAAAUUAUUUACCAUAAAUGAUUUAAUUAAUGAAAGUUAAUGAAGAAACUUCAGUUAAAGCAGCAAUAUAAUUAUUUGAAUAAUAUUUAUUAUGUAUAUAGAUAGAUGAAUAUACAUAAUAAAUUCUUAAUAAUUAACCAUUAAAUAUGAUUGAUGAAUAAUAUGAUAGUAAUUUUUGUGAAUUUAAAGUGUUGUUUGAAAAUGAGAAUGCAGAUUAAAAUGUAUUUAAUUUACUUUUUGAUAUUUAAUUAACUAAAAGAAUUAAGGGUGUAUAAUUAAUAUAAAAAAGAUUAUUACAAUUACCAAUUUUAUUGAUUGAAUCAGUUUCUAAAAUAAUGUUACCUCUUUUAGAUUUCUAUAUAUUUUAUGCUGGAGGUGAAUUAAAUAAUCAUAAACAUAAAUUAACUGAUGCAAAUAAAUCACAUUAUUUAACAUUAUAAGAUGUCUCUAUUUAAAUGUAUGGUUAUAUUUGUAGUCAUUUUGAUUUUGAUAGAAGAAUAAGUCUUAUGUAAUAAUUAACUAAAAAAUUAGAAAAAAGCAUGAUAGGAAAUAAAUAAUAAUUAUCUAAUGCUAUUAUAAAAACUAUUACUGUAAUUGCUUCUAAUAAGGAUGACAAUUUUAAUGUAAUAAAAUUAAUAAAAGAAAGAUUAUAAAUGAAUUCAGAAUCUAAAUUAUAGGAUUAUUUAUAAUAAUAUAUAAGUAUUGAAGAAGAAUAAUAAAAUACAUAAAUUAUUGAUUUUGAAUUCAGUUAUAGAAGUUUAAUAUAAUAAGAGAAAGAAUUAGCAAAAGUAAGAGAAAUCAAAGAUGUUUCUAAUCAAUUUUGGAAUAAAAUUAUAGAUAUUACAGUUGAUGAAAUUCAAGAAUGGUAAGAAAGAUCAAAUAUAUUAUUAAAAUAAAUAUAUUUACCAUUAAAAAAUCUAUUUUUAUUAGAUGAAAAACAUAGAGUUUAAUUAUCAAUAUCAUUAACUGAAUUAAUUAUUUAAUUACCACCUGAAAACUUUAUGAUUGAAUUAAAUAGACUAGUAGGCAAAUUAUGUAGAUUAUUAAAGAGUAAAGAUAAUGAUGUAAGAGAUGAAACUAGAAAAUGUUUAUUAGAUUUAAGUAGAAAGAUUGGACCAAUAUUUUUAAAAUUCAUUAUUAUUUAAAUGAAAUCUAUACUUAUUUAAGGAUUUGAAAAUCAUGUUUUAUCUUAUACAUUAGGUUUAUUAUUAGAAUAAAUUACAGAAAUUGGACAAAUUGAUAAUUGUUUAGAAGAAAUCAUGGAAAUAUUAUUAGAUGAAGUAUUUGGAAGAUUAUGUACAGAAAAAGAUACUGAAACAUUACCUAAAAAGACUAAAGAACUUAAAAGUAAAAAAGGAAUGUAGAAUUUUAAAAUUGUUGGAUAAUUAAUUAAUUUUGUUAAUUCAUUACCUAAAUUAAUUGGUACUAUAGAUUAUUAUAUAACUCAAUAUUAAAUAUCUCAUAAUUUAUAAAGUAAACUUAGACUUAUAUUUGAACAUCUAUAUUUAGGAUUGAUUAAUAAUUCAUCAGUCUAGAAUUUAGUUUAAGUAAUCUAUUUAAUGAUUUGUGAAACUAGUUAUAAAUUAGCAGAUUCAUUAAAAUAAACUCAUAAUUUAGAUUUUACAUAUGCUCAAGGAACAUAUAAACGAAUAACUAAAGAAGAUAUUAUGUCUAUAUAAUUACCAUCUUAUGGAUCAUAAUCUAUUUCUACAUAUAUUAAAUAAAAUAAAUUGAAAACCUCAAGUACUAUUAUUUAUGGUCUUGUUAAUUUUAUAAGUAUUAAACUUCUUCAUCACAAUAUAUAAAAUGUAGAAGAUUCUCCUCUUUUAUAAAAGAUGUUUUCAAUUAUAUUAGAUUGUCUAAAUCAUAAAGAUAUGAUAACUGAAUGUGUGUCAGUCAUUUCAGCAAUGAUUAAAAAGUUUGAUUGGGUUAUUUAAUUUAAAAAAUAAAUUGUUUAAAAUGCUAUGUAAUGUUUAGCUACUAUAACAUCAACAGAUGAAUAAUUUAUUAGAGAUUCAUUUCUCUUAUUAAAAGCUAUUUUAGAUAGUAAACUAAAUGAAUUUACUUUAUAAUAAUAAAAAACAUUAGUUCAUUUUAUAGAUCUCUAUUUAGAAUCUAAUGAAGCAUUAGAAUGCUUAAAAUUAAUUAUUCAUGAAAUUUGGCCAUUGCCAUAAAUAUAUGAUAUCAUUAUGAAAGUUAGAGAAUCUAUGUUACAAACAACCAAAAAAACCUAACAUUUAUGUUAAUAAAUCUAUAUUAAUUUUUUAAUCAAAUAUCCAUUAUCAAGUUAAGUUUUAUAAUAACAUUAUGACUUUAUAAUUGCAAAUCUUUAAUAUAAAUAUUUUGGUGGAAGAUAAAUUAUACUCUAAUGUUUAUAAUAAAUAUUCUAAUUCUUCCCUUAAGAUACAGUUAAUAAAUUAUCUGAAAUUUCAUAUUUCUCUAUGAUUGUGGCAUUGGUCAAAGAAGAUGUAGAUACUCUAAAAGAAUAACUUAUUAAUGUGUUAAAUAUAUUAAUUUAGAAAACUACUUAAGAUAAAAUUAUGAAAUUUACAUAAAAUUCAUUGAUUUGGAUGACAAAUGAUAAAUUAAAGGUAUAAUUAUCAGGAUUAGAAAGUUUAUAUAUUUUAAAAGAUCAUUUGAAGUAUUAUUAAUCAAAAUUUAUAUUAUCAUCAAAUGAAUUAAUUGAUAAAUGUAUUACUAAUUGGAAUGAAUGGAAAAAUACUAUAUAAGCUAAAAAUAUUUAAAACAAAAAUUUAAAAAAUAGUUAAUGGGCUAAUGAAUUAGAAGCUAUUACAGUAUCAGAAUAUCCAGAGUUAUAAGAAUCACUUCAUUCAUUAUUAAAACUUUUAAAUGCAAUUGAUGAAAAUUAAUUAAUAUUAAUUUAUGAAUAAAAUACUAUUUGUAAAUUAUUCAAAUGUGUAUCAUAUCCACAUUAAGAAACUGCUAAUCAAGCUAUUUAAUUAUUUAUAAGAUCUAAGCAUUUAUCUAUUAUUCAUACUCAAAUUUAAAUUUAAUAAGAUCACAUUAUUAAAAAUAUGUAAAAUAUAACUAAAUAUCUAUUUUUAAUAAAAUUUGCAAGAAAUUAAAUAAUUAUUAAUUAAGAAUUAACAUUCUAAUUUAUUUUAGAUUAUUUAAAUUUAUUAAAAUAAUUAGACUAAUAAUCUAUAAUCUAAUUAAUCUUUGAUUGUUUAUUAAAAGUUACAACAAAUUUGAUGGCAAAAUAAUUAAAAUUUAAUCAAGGAAUUGAAAAUUUAAUGGAAUUUUAUUAAUAUAUAAUGAAUAAUGGAUAUGAAAGUAAUCAAAAAAUGAUAGAAAGCAUAUUGAAAAUCCAAUCAUUAUAAUAAGAUUUACCAAUAAUAGAUUAAGUACUAUAUUAUAAUUAUUUAGAUUUUAAAAUUAAUAGAGAAAUAACUAGGGCCUUAAGAAUUCAUAUCUAAAUAUUCUGCUAUUUAACAAGAGCUAAAUAAAGUGAAAGGGGAAAAGAAAAUAUAAACUAAGAUGUUAGCCAUUAAAGAUCCUUAAAAGUUUUAAGAAAAAAGAUAAAGAAAAAUGAAAACCAAAGUGAUGUAGAAAAAGAAUAAAUUAUUAAAGAAAAGAGGCAAAAUUGCUAAGGAAUGAU